GAACGGUUUAGGGGCCUGCGGCGCGCGUUUGCGGUCGAUCCCUGGGAUUCUCCCCUUAUCGCCAUUUACCUACCUCUAGGAGCAUUCGGCCUUCCCUAGAAUGUGGUUGUCUACCCACAGGGCAAGUUCUUGUCCUUUUCCAUGUUAGAAGCAGACGAUCUGGACGACGUCAUGGGAGGAGACAAACACCUAUCGCAGCGGGAAGACAGUUCGGGAAUCGGCGUGUCGUUCCGGGAUCUUUACUGCUACGGAUUUGUUGCGUCGGAUGCAUUCCAAGAAACAAUCCUUUCGUAUCCCUUUUCUCUAUUGAGAUUCGUGACGAGGCGACUGAGGACUCGCUCCUCCCAGAGAACGCCAAUACUGCGGGACUUCCACGGGCUGAUUCUGCCCGGGCAGAUGCUCUUAGUGCUCGGGCGACCUGGAAGCGGAUGCUCUACGUUUCUGAAAACGCUCUCGGGCGAAACCCGGGGGUUCCACCUCAGCAGCGAGGAUUCUAUUAACUACCAGGGGACUUCGUACCGGCAGAUGCACCGACGACGCAAAGGGGACCGCAUCUAUCUCGCCGAGCUCGACGUUCAUUUCCCGGAGCUGACGCUCGGCCAGACGCUGAGCUUCGCCGCUUCAACCCGGGAUCCGGCCGGGGGGGCCCACGAGUGCGGUGACAUCCUUGCACUGUUUUCUCUUGACAAGGCCAUCGACACUCGCAUCGGAAAUGCGGUUAUUCGAGGCAUCAGCGGUGGGGAGAAGAGGCGGACCAGUAUCGCGGAAGCCUUUGUGGGCGGCGCUAAGAUCCAGUGCUGGGACAAUAGCACACGCGGACUAGAUAGCUCGACUGCGCGGCAUGUUGUCGAUAUACUGAGAAAGUCGACGGAUGCAGACAUGUGCACCGUAGCGAUGAGCCUGUAUCAGGCGUCGGAGGACAUGUACAAAUGCUUCGACUUGGUGACCGUCCUGUAUGAGGGCCGCCAGAUAUACUACGGGCCGGCGGAGUCAGCUAGUACUUACUUUACCGCUCUCGGCUUCGUCAAGUCCAGUCGCACAACCACUGCGGAUUUCUUAACGUCCUUAACCAACCCCGAGGAACGUGUCGUUCGCGAGGGCUACGAACACCAAGUUCCACGGCUGCCAGAUGAAUUCGCCGCAGUCUGGAGGCAGAGCAAGGAGGCAGAGAUGCUGGGCGAUCAGAUCGUCGCUUUUGAGGCAAAACACCCGAUCCGUGCUGAGCAUGCUAGAGGCAAGCAGGAAAGGGGUCGGACGCCGACUUACCCUCUCUCGAUCUGGAUGCAAGUCGUCGUGUGUUUCCGCCGAGCGCUGCAGAGACUGUCCAAUGCCAAGGCACCGGCCAUCUCUGCUGUCGUUGCGAACACUAUACUCGGGCUUAUUGUCGGCAGCGUAUUCUACGGCCUAGAAGAGACGACAGACAGCUUACAGCAACGGUCGAUAGUGGUCUUCUUUGCCCUGAUGAUCAAUGCUUUCGCCCCUGCCUACGAGGUCUCUCUGAUGUGGGCGCAGCGCCCCAUCGUCGAAAAACAUCACCGCUACGCGUUCUACCACCCGUUUACCGAGCGGCUGGCCUCGCUCGUGUGCGAUUUGCCGACUAAGUUUGGGAUCUCCCUCGGGCUCCAUAUCCCCCUUUACUUCUUAGCCAACCUCCGCAGAACAGCUCCGGCAUUCUUCACGUACUGGCUAUUUAUGCUGGCGAAUAUCCUGACCAUGUCCAUGCUCUUCCGCAUGAUCGGCUCGGCCUCUCGGACUAGGGAGCAGACUAUGACGCCCGUAUCGAUCUUAUCCCUGCUUACCGUCAUAUACACCGGUUUUGUGGUCCCUCCGGCUUACAUGGUGCCCUGGCUCGGGUGGUUCUGGCGUAUUAAUCCAAUUGCUUAUACCUACGAGAGCUUGAUGAUUAACGAGCUUCAUAAUCGGAAGUUUGUAUGUUCGACAACAGUCCCAGAUGGCCCAACGUACGAGGAAGUGGGAGUAGGUGACCGCAUCUGCGCGGCCGUGGCCAGCAAUAGCGGUCAGCAGGAGGUUGACGGCAGCGCAUACCUCUCCUUAAAAUACGGAUAUGUCAGUGGGCACCUCUGGAGGAAUCUCGGCAUAGUGCUGGCGAUGAUGAUUGCCUUCCUUGUGCUUCAUCUCCUGGCGGCCGAGUUCAUCCCAGCACAGCAGUCCCGAGGGGAGGUCCUCAUCUUCCGACGAAAAGCAUUGGAUCGGAAUCUCAAGUCUCCAGACGAGGAGAGUGGCGGCAAUAUGAGUAGCCGUUCCGCAGACGACCUCGCUGAUGGCCGUAAAUCGAAUAGAAGAAGCGAACGGCCGAUCCUCUCAUCCGCAGCCACCCCUCAGGCCGGUGUGUUCUUCUGGGAGAGCUUGACUUACGAAGUCAAGGUCCAGAAAGGCACGCGCAGAAUUUUGAAAAGCAUCGACGGUUGGGUGAAACCCGGAUCGCUGACCGCCUUGAUGGGGGUCACUGGCGCGGGGAAAACGACCUUGCUGAACGUCUUGGCUGACCGUACCACGACCGGGUGGACGAUGGGAGAUGUGUACGUAAACGGACAGACUCGCAAUGCUAGUUUCCAGCGCAGGAUGGGCUACGUGCAGCAGGAAGACAUACAUCUGCCCACCACUACUGUCCGUGAAGCGCUGCAGUUCAGCGCGCUUCUCCGACACCCCGGGAAUGACACGCGCGAAAAGCUCGAAUUUGUCGAGGAGGUCCUGGAUAUCAUGGACAUGAACCAGUAUGCCGAUGCCGUGGUCGGCAUUCCAGGCGAGGGUCUGAACAUCGAGCAGCGGAAACGACUGUCAAUUGCGGUGGAGAUGGUCGCGAGGCCGGAACUGUUAUUGUUCUUAGACGAGCCAACCUCGGGCCUCGAUAGUCAGACGGCGUGGUCCAUAUGUACGCUCCUCCGCAAACUAGCAGACCACGGACAGACCAUCCUAUGCACCAUCCACCAGCCGUCUUCUCAGCUUUUCGAUAUGUUUGACCGUCUCCUCUUGCUGGACAGGGAGGGGUCCACUCUGUUUUUCGGGGACAUUGGCCCCGGCGGCUCGACCCUGAUUAAUUUUUUUGAGAGCCACGGAGCCAGGAAGUGCCGGCCGCAGGAGAACCCGGCGGAAUGGAUGCUCGACGUAACCGGUAAUACGCCGGAUUCAGAGACGUCCGGUGAUAAGGACCGGCGUGGCUGGCCCGAGAUAUGGCAAGGUAGCCAGGAGAGGCGGGACGUUCUUCAGCAGCUCACAAACCUGAAGCAAAGUUUCUCACAGAAACCGCCCUCGCCGUUUCGACAGGACAGUAAUGAGUACGCCGCGUCUCUCCUCUCGCAGCUUAUCGUCGUAUCGACGCGCACAUUUCGAGACCAAUGGCGAGACCCGGUUUAUCUAUUCACAAAGGGCACCUUGUGUAUCGGCUUGGCUUUCCUCAAUGGCGUCUCCUUUUGGGACAUAACAGUCGACAUCCAAGGUCUGACGAGCUUGAUCUUCUCUGUAUUUCUUAUCAUGCAAUCGUUUUCUGGCAUAGGGCAGCUCGUCGUGACCCGGACGGCCUACGGUAGGGAGAUCUUCGAAGCGCGGGAGUGUCACUCCAAGUCCUACUCGUGGACCGUCUUCGUUGCCUCCAACCUGCUCGUCGAGUUCUUCUGGCAGACUCUCAUCGCCUUACCCAUGUUUGUCGCGUGGUACUACCCCACGGGCCUAUACCGCAACGGAGACGCCGCGUUUGGGACGGCGGAGCGAGGGGGGCUGACGUUUACGCUUGUAUGGAUGUUUCUUCUCUGGUCGACAACGCUAUGCCAGGCGCUGGCGGUGGCGAUGCCGCGCCCCGAACUGGCGGUGCAGCUUGCGAUGCUGCUGUAUUGGCUGUCCCUAGUGUUUUGCGGGGUACUAGUGCCGCUGGCGGAGCUCCCUAGGUUCUGGAUUUUCAUGUACCGUGUCUCUCCGCUAACGUAUUUCGUCGAGGGCGUCAUGGUAGCCGGGCUCGCCGGCGCCGGCGUGACCUGCUCCCCUGUGGAGAUCCUGCAGAUCGAUGUUCCACGCGAGCGAAGUAACCAAACUUGCGGCGAGUAUCUAGGGCCCUACGUAGACCGCAUGCGUGGAUACCUCGAGAAUGCGGCCGAGACGAGUGGUUGUCGGUAUUGCCCUGUCUCGGAAGCGAACCCGGCGCUGGCGGGCCUCGGUAUGGAUGCGCGACACACGUGGCGUAACUUUGGGUUGAUGACGGUAUACGUCUUGUUGCACGUCCUGGUGAUCUUUGGGUUUUACUUCCUAUUCAGGGUCCGCCACAGCACGCGGAAAACAGCAUAGCGCUCUUCGGUAAUUCCACACAGGUCCACAUACCCGGCCCGGGUCCGGGGCUGAUAACGUACCUAUCAGUUACCCGACGAUGCGGUAUACGAGGCGACCUCCUUGGCAACACACCAGACGACACCGCAGGCCCUGGCGCCGUACAUGGAUGGAGAGCAGUGCCUUGAACCCCUCGCUUCAGUAUCAUCAGGCGUGCCGUUUGGCAAGAGAGUCAGCGAAGCGGCUGCAAUAUGUUUCGUCUCGCGGCUUGCCAUUGAUGCACACGCCAAGGAAACGUAUAUGCCCGUAUUGGUGUCCGGGUCACGCCAGCGUGCUGUUUCACACCACGACUUAGUCGACGGUACCCAUCGUAAGGAUUAGAUGAGGAGAAACCGGCAGGGAGUGCCUGUGUGGUUAUAGCACCAACAAUAUUCACCACAGAUCGACUGGAAGGGGUGCGAGCGACAGUGGGACGGGGUGGAAAUGACGAUGAAAGGAAAGCAGAGAUGGAUGUGACGUCGACGGCAGGAGAAAAGAUACCUCUUGAUAAGCUAAGCCAAGGCGCCAGAACAGUGUGCAGUACCCAUGUACCCACUUACCUAAGGUGGAGGUUAGCUAAGAGAGAAAUGCCACGAGAAAAAGCUUACUAAACUGUUGAUGAAUAGCAAGUGUGUAUGGCUAUGUAAUAAUACUAUACAAUAUUGCCC